AUGUCCCAGUGGUUUCGGUUCCUGAAGCGCGAUCAGCAGCUCUCCGUGUACUUCUUUGCGGUUCCGCGUCUCAGCCUGAAUAUAAUGGGCUACUGGCCGGGGAGUUCCGGGGAAGUCCUGCCCCGAAGAGCCAUCGUCCACUUUGUGAUCCUGGCCAUUGGCGUGGUCACCGAACUCCAUGCGGGACUGCGUUUCCUGGACCGCCAGCAGAUCUCUCUGGCUCUGGAGACACUCUGUCCAGCGGGAACCUCGGCGGUCACUCUGCUCAAGAUGUUCCUCAUGCUGAGAUUUCGUCGGGAUCUGUCGGCCAUGUGGAACCGCCUGAGGCUCCUCCUCUUCGACUCCAAGGCGGAGCGACCCGACCAGCAGGCCAUCCGCUUGAGGCACUCCGUCAUGGCGGCCCGCAUCAACUUCUGGCCUCUGUCCACCGGCUUCUUCACCUGCACCACCUACAACCUGAAGCCUCUGCUCAUCGCAUUGGUCCUGUUCCUCCAGGAUCGCGGCGACGACUUCGUCUGGUUCACGCCCUUCAAUAUGACAAUGCCGGAGGUUCUUCUGCGAUCCCCGUUCUUCCCGCUGACCUACGUAUUCAUAGCCUACACUGGAUAUGUGACCAUCUUUAUGUUCGGGGGCUGUGAUGGCUUCUACUUCGAGUUCUGUGUCCAUCUAUCGUCUCUGCUGGAGGUGCUCCAGUCGGAGAUUCGAUCCGUUUUCAAGCCCUACGAAGAUUACUUGGAGCUUUCGGAGGUUCAGCUUUACAAUCUGGAAGAGAAAAUGCGGGCACUUAUAAUUAGACACAACUCGAUCAUCAAUCUGACCAAUUUCUUUCGGAAUCGCUACGCGAUCAUAACCCUGGCUCACUUUGUGUCCGCCGGCAUGGUGAUUGGAUUCAGCAUGGUGAACCUCCUGAUGGCAGGGGGAUUUGGCCUGGGAGCCCUGCUUUAUGUGGCCUACACAAUCGCCGCUUUGAGCCAACUGCUGGUCUACUGCUACGGGGGAACCCUCGUGGCCGAAAGCAGUGUGGAGCUGUGCCGGGUGAUGGGAUGCUGUCCCUGGCGGUUGUUCCAGCCCCGCCAGCGGCGCCUCGUCCAGCUGUUCAUCCUGCGAUCCCAGCGACCCCUGAGCAUGGCGGUGCCCUUCUUCUCGCCCUCGCUGCCCACUUUUGGAGCGAUACUUCAGACUUCUGGUUCCAUUAUUGCCCUGGCGAAGUCCUUUCAGUAGAAUUAUAAGGCUUGAGUAAAACAAAUUAUUUGAAGAUAUAUACUUAUUUAUAAGAAUAAAU